AUGGAUAAAGGUGUUGUUCGUUGCCGAAAAAUUGGUGCGGGUGUAGACAAUUGUUGGAGAUGGCGGUCAAGUGCGAUGAUAGCAGCUCUCAGAAGAUUAGGGUUUAUAGGAUCUUACCAUAAUCUCAUAAACAUUGCCGCCAUCAAACCAAUUCUCAUCGUCUCCACCAAAGAUGUUGUGAUCUCCACCAACAUCUCCACCAAAGAUGCAGUGACCUCCACCAACGUCUCCCACCGAAGCUCCACGACUGCCGACUUACCCCACCAAAGAUGCAAUGAUCUCUCUCGCCUCUCUUUCUCUCUCUCUCGCAAUCGCCAUCAGAAUGAAAUGGAAACCCUAAUUUUGAGAUGCCUACAACGAGGUGAAGAUUUGUUUAGCAGCGGUGAAGAUUUGUUUAGCAGCUGGGAUUACUGUGCUAAAUUAGAUGCAAAAAAACGUGAACUAGCAUUGAGAAUUCAGGUAGUGGCUAGAUCAUCACCAACAGACAAGUUAAAGCUUGUAACACAUUUGAGGGGUAUGUCUGAAGUUGUUGCAGUCACAAAUGAUGGGACAAAUGAUGCUCUAGCUUUACAUGAAUCAGAUAUUGGAUUCACCAUGGGUAUAGCAGGAACAGAGCGACACCGACUUUUCCUCUUUCUUUCAUUCUCCGGCGUUCAAGAAUCAUCUGUCUUUCCCUCUUCGUCUCUUAGUUGUAUGAAGUCUGGUUACGAUGCCCUUUUGGUUCGCCGUCAUCGAUCAAGAAAAGCAGAUCUUUCUCUAAUGAUCUCCAGAAAUAUUGGACUUAUAGACAAGCCCUGUAAUCUGGUUUUAUCAGUAGAAGAGGCUGAUAAUGCACAGCAGCCACUGAGUCCAUGA